AUUGUUGAUUUGCCCUGCAGCUUUGCAUGGGCCAAAAUGCUUAAUGUGGUGAAGCCAGGCGGAAGACGUUUUUUCUCGUGGGUGUUCUGCUGUCGAUCGCGAUGGAGUCGAGUACCUCCAGCACAGCACAGGAGGCUCCUCCGGGACCCACGGCCGCUGCUUCUUCGCCGUCUCGGUUAGGAGGACCUGGGAGUUGUGCUGAAGCCUGUGCCAGUGCACCGGCCAAGGAGCCCUCCGAGGCACGGAGGUGCAACGCGCGCGCCCAGCGCGUGGCGCUGCGCGAGAAGCGCCGCAGCGGCGAGCGGCGGUCCAUGGCGGUGGUGGCGCGGCGGCUCCAUGCAGUGAUGGAAGAGCGGGGCAGCUUGACCAUUGUGCCCGAAGAAGCCGAAGAGGACCUCGGGGGCAGCUUGCUGGUGCGAGCCCGAGCGUUGUCCCUCUCUGCAGUACACUCCUUUGCCGCAGUGGCAGCUUGGGCUGUGACUCCCGAUGCAGCGUCCACCGCCUCGGGGCACACGGAGCGGACGUCGCUGCCCCGCAGUCGCUCCAGCACGGAGGAGUCGUUGAGCGACAGCGCCCGGGUGAACUCUCCAGGCAGCUUCGGCUCAUUUUCAUCGAACUCUGACUCUGCCGUGGGCUUCUUGGGUGAAGCCUUGCUUCGCGCCGAAGCGGCUUCACAAGCCGCGCGCGCCGGCGGCGCCGACGCAUGGUGUGAUCCGGUCGGAACCUUUACUAUGGGCAUUGCCUGAAACAGAUCCGCCUCAUGGGUAGCACGCUAAUGAAAGCGAGAGAACCCAAAGGGUCCCGGUGUAGAUGAGCUGCUGUCAUAACGCUCUUGACUUUAACCUUGCAAUCUAUCGUUACCAAAGUCAGUCAAGACUUAUCUCAGAUAUCUCCGUUUCAGGGUGGUGUCUGUAUAUCCAAGCCAAGAGAUGAUGGAUGACAUGCGCUCCCGAUCAUUUUCCAGUUCACAAGUGGAUUUCUGCCCCUCUGCGGGGUUUCUAUGAACAAGUGCCACGCUAGUAGUAACAGGUGCCUUACUAGUAGUAACAAGAAGCUAUUAGAAACAAUAAGCUAAUAGCUUCUUAUUCCGUUCGUAGUAAGGCCAGGAGCGUCCUUGGUCAAGUCGGAGAAGUCCUAUCGUCCUUUCGCACUUGUGAACGGGAUGAUGGGCUGGUUCCUCUCAUUGCCGGUCUCAUAUAUAUGACACCGCCAUCUUUUGAACCACCGCGAGGAACUCACACCGUCUAGACGAACACGAUGAGCACUGCCUUUUUGCAAAGCUCCUUCGGAAACGACUCGGGUUUUGUUGAUGCUUUUGCUGGAACCGAACUGUGAUCCUGUGGUUCCUGUGGUUCCUUUGCUUGGAGGUUUGCUCGAAAUUGGAGUUCUCCAGAGGGACAUCCGGAGCUGUGAGGAAGCCUGAUUGUCUGCGGCAGUCGUAUGGAAAGAAGACACAUUUUCAUGCUCAGGAGACCCGGGCCGGCUACUGCAAGAUUCCAUCGAGAAUCGGUGGUCUGCAGCCCAUCGGAGGUAUAUCAAAGCAUCCUUUGUGAAUCCACCUGAGGUCCAUCAGAGAUCGAACGUCGCCGAGUCACAGACACCCACAAAUGCCGAGCAGGAGGUCGGUUGGUGGCUUUGGUCACUUGGUAUGUCGCUUCCAGCAAAACAGAGCUUCUUCCAAAGAUUUCCAAACGCAGUCAGGUGGCAGGUCUGACUCUGAAAGCUCAGACUGCAACCCCUUGCUGGGUGAAAUUAAGCCAGAAGAUUUCGUGGGGUCUGGAGAAGUCCGACCGAACUUGGUACGAAAAAAGCAAUGCAUCAACAUGAAUCACCCCCCCCAGGUUGGCACAUAGAUUCUAC